GUGAAGAAGAACGAGAUGGGACUUGCGAGGAGAAAGGACGCCCUAUCCCGCCUUGACGCUACAGUCAAGCAGUCGUUCAACAAGAACUUCGAGUACGAGGACAGAAUCAAGCGAUGUGAAGAUGCAAUUAAGGAGAAUCGGAAUGCCAUGCAACAGAUGGCGUCCCACACCAACAACAUAGAGCGUGCCAUCGCCGCCUUUCAACAGGAACAGAUGGAAGGUCGCAGUAACAAUACCCAGAAACUGCAGGAGUAUCGACAUGAAGUGAUGGCCAUGAACCAGAGUAAGGAGCAGCUGGAGCGACUUUGCUUCUCGCUAAGAGACGAGAUGCGUGAGACUGCCACCAAGGUGGACACCAUCACCCAGGAGUUGACAUCUCUUGAGGCUAAUAUCAGGAUGCAAGGCAGACUCCUGGAGGACAACAGUAAGAGAAACUUGACUCCAGUAUUGCCUACUCCCAUAGUGCCGUUGAUGCCCCUGCCUCCCCAGGAUAACAAGAUGUCUGAGACAGCCAGGCUGGCUCUGGAGGGCAAGAUCAUCCAGAUGAACACCACCAUUCAGGACCUGACACAGAGACUUAACCAGGAAGUCAAGAAGAGAGAUAAGGUUGAGACGGAAAUCAACACCAGGAUGAACGAGCUGCUGGAGGACUACAGCCAUACCAAAGUAGAGAAGGACAGGGAGUUGCGUGAGUUUGACGAGAAGAUGAGGGAACUUCAGUCUGGAUUCAGCGCUAGCGAGAAGAAAAGGAUUCUUAUGGAAAUCUCGUCCGUCACCCAGGAGCUUUCUCGCAAGAUUGACGAAAAAGAGGCCAAGCUGCGGGACGACACUGUACAUAAACUGACGGUGAUCCAGAACACCCUCCUGGAGGAAAACAAGCGGAGGGCCGACAAGGAGAAGGAGCUGCAGGACAAGGUGGAAGCUCAGUUAAAAGAGGCUAAAUUAUACGGAGACGAAAGCACAGACUCCCUGAGGAAGCACAUUGAUCAACAUGGGGAGCAGACGAGAAACAAACACGAGGAGAUGAAGAGUCACAUCAGUGAAUUGGACAAUCAGCUAAAGACCCACCGUUUGGAGCACCAGAAAGUGUUGGCUGCUGAGAUCACUGACAGACAGAACAGCAUCAAGGUGUUAGAGGGCAAAGUUUAUGACGUGGACGAUCGCUCGAGGCUGGGCAUAUCGGAGCUGCAAGCGGCCAUUGGCAACGUCAACAAGAACGCUCAGAAUCAGAAACCCGCACCCGACGUCGAUGAAAUCCUCAGGUUGAAGGCUGAGAAUAAUAAUGGCAUACGUGAACAGAUGGCUAAGGAUGUAGCUCGCUUGGAGAACCGCCUCAGUGAGGUAGAAACAAAGCUAAAACAGCAAGACGAAAGCAUAGACAACAAAAUACAGGCUUCCAAGGCUCAUGGUCAGUCAGCCAACACCAUCAUGGGUGACAAGAUGCAACAACAGAUCGAUUCUUUGAUCUUCACCCAAGGGCGUCUAAGGAAGGAUGUUGAUGCGUUGCAGACUAAAGUACAGGAUGCUCCCAAAAAUAUAGAGAACCUGAAGGAUCAGUUGAUUGAUGCAGAGUCUAAAAUGAGUGCCAAACUAGACCAGGAGAGGAAGGAAAGGAUGGAUGACGUAAAGGAACUUAGAGACGAUAUCGAUCGUAUCAUUGGCAAGGGAGAGAAGAAUGCGGCAUCGCUGGUUAGCUUGGCGCGGCUGAACCAGGACGUGGACGAGACGCAGACGGGGAUGAAGAAACUGGCCGAGGCGGUGCACGUGGUGAAAACGACGCUUUCUACCAAGCUCAAAGAUGAGAUCAAGCUGCGGGAGCAGGAAAGUGUCAUUGUGCGGCGCGAUGUGGAUCGACUCAACGCCAAGUAUGUCGAGCUCAGGCAGAUGACCACCGCUGCGGCAUCUUAGCUUCCUCAAUUCCCUUACCUGGACCUGGAGUUUACCUGGAGAGGGUUUCGGGGGUCAACACCCCUUAGCAACAACAAUAAUAAUAAUAAUAUUAAUGUAAUAAAUAUAUUUAAAAAACACACAUGUUACGAAGUUGUGUUAACUGCUUGUGUAUUCUUAAAAAAAUCCUAAUACUAAUCUUUUUAUCGUGUUUAUUCUAUGUAGGUAAGAUGAAAGUUACAAAUUAUGAUUAAUUUACUUGUAAGAAAUAAUUCAGCAUAAAGUACUGAAUGCUUGAAGAGUUAAAGGAAUAGGUUUGGCACUCGCAAAACAUUAUUAAUUAC